UAUCAUUUAAAUUCGCAUUUAUUUAUUUAACUUUAACCCUAAAGCUCUAGAUAAAAAAAAAUCAAGCUUAAUCCAAAUGGAAUAUCUAAUUAUCGAGCUCGUUUAUGAAUAUGUAAGUAGACGCGGCGAUAAUGACAUGGACUCACGCGUCCGUGUUUCUCACUUUCAAUUAUGCCGAUAAGGAUCAGAAGUCGUUGUCGAUGUCCAAUAUGUCCAUGGGGAGCACUGGGCCCGUUAAUGAUUCAACAUUAGUCGAUCAGGGCCGGGAAUCGGGGCCAAUUUCAACAGUCACGCACUGUACUUUCUUUACCCAUCGUGACUUUGGUCUCGCCGACCAUUGUCUUCGCAGGACACUUUAUAUCCUGGCUGCAUGUCAAAAAACAAUCAGUCAUACUUUAGCGACCGACUGGCGAUCGUCUUCCCUUUUAAUUGCAGUGCAGAAGUGUUGUGAGUGGCCAAGAUGUGUAACAAAUUCAUCGUGUUGUCCCUAGCCUAUGUGGCUAUAUUUGUAAGCGUAGUGCAAUGUGAGGAAGAUGCUUCAAAUUUGACGGAAAUAUUGAACAGUGCUGAGGAGAGUGUAGGCCGUACGUUCGGCCACAACGCACUGAAGAGGCUGUCGUUCAUCUUUCUGCCGGUGAUGUUCACGCUGGGUGUCAUCUCCACGCUGCUGAUGGCGCUGGCCGUCAUCUCCGUCAAAAACCUGGCCAUCGGCGUUAUGCUGCUCAUUGUCUCCGUCAGUCAGGCCGUGUCGCGUCUGUUCCUGUCUGCGGCGCCGUCCCCACUGGUGCACCUGCACCCGCGCGCCGAGCUGCUGCCCGCGCCCGUGGCCGCGCCAUGGCCCGCGCCCGGGCCCCUGCUCUCGCCCUGGGCCCGAUCCGACAACGACGCUACUAUCUCUGACUAAAUACUACUGAAGUCCAACCAGCCAGAUACCUACAAAUUAGAAUUCAUUACGCCUCUUUGCACAUUGUUACACUCAGCCCUAAAAUGCCACUUAGGGAAUGAACUCCUCGCAAUUUUGUAGCUCACUGUAAGUACAUUAUUCGCAGGGUCAUAUGAAAAACAAUGAGACUGUCAUUUUACUCGUAUUCGAACAUUAAGACGAAUGUUUCCGAAACUUUAGCUAGACUAGAGCUGAAAUUAAAUGAGUUAGCUUAUUAUCUGUAGGUACCAUUUGCCCGUAGCAACUACAAACAGUCGAACUAAAAGUAAUUACUCGUAUUUUACGUUGAUUUGAUUUAGCAAUCUGAUUAAGAUUCUCAGGAAUUUUAAAAUACAGGAUACUUUUUAUACGGUUUCCUGCUUUACGAAAACGCAAUAAACAAAGAGGAUUUAUUUAUCCUUAAAUUAAAUUAGAAUUUCUAGUAAGAACUGAUAAAAAGGUCUUCUUUUCUAUCAACCAAGUCUUUAGAAUUAAAUAGAUUGAUAAACUUGGUAUUCUACACACUUUGACUUAACAUACCUCAAUAGUUAUAAGCCCUACCUUUUUAAACAUUUGCAUUUGUUAGAUAAGUGAUUAAUUUAUUUUAUUUAUUUAUUAGUUGUACCUUGUACCUACGUUUAGAAUAUUCUGACAGGUAUUAGAAUCGUCUGUCUCUCACGAACCCGUUUUGUGACAGACAGACGACGAAACAAUGUUAAUUAAGCCUAGUUAGAUAAGUAUAUUAUAAAUAAAUAAAUCUAUUAUUAAACAUGUUUAGUUUAUUGGUAACCUCUACCAGUAGACCUCGGUCCUCGACCUAUUAA